AUGAUGAUGAUUUCCAAAGAGUUUACUCUUCUGUUAGUUGUUCUUCUAUUAAAGAUAUUUGACGUUGAGUGUAAAGGAAAGCUCGCCGUAAAGUUGGUGGAUUUUCACAACAAAGAAGGACUGGACUUUAACGGUCAGUGUUGUGAUGGGGUCAAUAUACCAACAUGUCCACUGGAGCAGUGUGACCACCACUUUACCAUCUGUGUCGGAGAUCACCCCAUAGUGAAUCAUACGGACGAAAGCUGCAUGUAUGGGAAAGAAGAUUUUAAUGCCCAUGAUAAUGAGAAUGAAGUAUACUUUACUGCCGGCAAAGCAUCCUUGUUCACCUUUGAUACUUGGAAAGGCUGGGCAUAUCUAUCUGUGUUGGUGACAGACUCGGACAGCGAUGGACUGGUACCAGUCGAUAAUCUUUAUCUCAACUUUACAAGUAUCAUUCCUGGCUUUAACUCCACAACAGACUACAAGUCGACCUACUCAUUGAUUGGUCAGCGGACUCAAAAACCUACCGAGAUGUCAAUGAAGGUGAAGGUUUAUUGUGAUCCCCAUUUUUAUGGAGAUGACUGCUCUAUCAAUUGUGUCGGUGGCAAUGCCUGUGACGGUCACUACACAUGCGACAACAAAGGUCGAAAGGUGUGCAACUCUGGAUGGAAGGGAGAUAACUGUGAGGUUAUGAUACAAGGGGACGUGGCAGAUUGUAGUGUAUAUCAAGACAGAACUGAAUUUGUGCCGAGUCUAUGGGAAGGUCAAUACCAAUGUCCCGGAGAAACACCACAGAACUUUGUACUCAACGUGACUCGCUCCAGUGGUAAUAUUGACGUCGUAGCAGAUAUGACAAUCCAGUCCUUUGUCAUAGAACUUUCUGGAACUUAUGCCGCUUCAUUCAAAAUAUUGACCCUCCAGGGACAAACACUAGUUCCACAGGAUAUAGGAGGAAGAAACCUAACGAAGUUGGAGCUCAAUCUGCAGGAGAAAGACAAUCAGGCGAUAGAAAUGAAGGGGGAUGUGAUUAUAGAUCAGGACACAUGUCAUGUCCUCCGUCUUACACGGACAAAGGCUUACUUUGAUGGCUGUAACAUGCAUGGUACCUGUGUACGAUAUGGUAGCCAGAAAGAUCAGUUCUACUGCUGUUGUAAUGAUGGUGAUAUUAAAGAUAUUUUCUGA